GUGUGUGUGGCAAAGUCCCAAACUCCAAGUCCAGGAAUGGUUCUUAAAGUUCAGUUCCGCAAGCCACAAAGUGAAACAUGAGCAAAGGCUUUUUCAACAACCACCGUUGUCUGAAGAUAAGACGUAGAUGUAGAAAAACAUAGAGAGUAAUUACGAAAUCCAAAUGUUCCACGAUGGAACCCAAAGGACACCUCAGUGUUUACUCGGUAGUGACUUCCUCACCCCGAAAAGCAUCCGAAUCGUGAUCGUCCACACAAAUACCUGUUCCCUUCUACAGGUCAGCAACAAAGUGAACUCCACCGGAUUACUUCCAAUUUCCACACGUGGAUUGCAGUGACAGACACAGUUAUUGUUUCUCAUCCAUCGAUAGAGAAACUAGCAGGCUGGUGUCUCUCUCCCUUCUCUCUCGCUCGCUUUCUCCCUCCUUCUUCGACUGACUUCGACUGCCCUCUUCGACAACAUCAUUACGUCCUUUAUCUUCUGUUGAAGUAAGCACGCCCCACACACACACACACACACACACACACACACACACACACGCACGCUCACACCCCCAAACACAACUAACUCUAUCUUAAAGGGACAUUCACCGAGUCCCACCGGUCUAAAUGCCUCUUAAAUGUUGCUGUUGUAUCUGCUUCCAGCACCGCCCUUGGCAGCACGUUCCAGGCACCAACCAUUCUCUGUGUGAAAAAACUUGCCUCAUGAAUCUCCUUUAAAACUUCUCCUCUCAAAUUAUGCCUCUGCCCUGUCGUAUUUGACAUUCCCACCCUGAGGGAAAACGACUCUGUCUGUCGAUCCCGUCUGUGCCAAUUGUUGUUGUUGACUGUUUCCUCCACAACUGAAGCACUGCGUUCCCUGACUUCUGUUCCUUGUGAUCCCCUCCGUCUGCUGAUGCUCCCUCCCUGGUGAGGAGACAGGAAAUCACCUCAAGGGGGUGUGGACCGGAGUAAUUCUCCACAACUGCCGUUGGACAGGGGGGAGCACUGAGUGUGCUCUUGGCAUCUGUUGGCACAUUCGGUCCCGACCGGGUGAAAGCAGAGAGCUGAGAGCGAAUAACUGGACCAAUCCCCCCACCUGCUGGCUGCACAGAGAAAUGCACCUCCUGCUUCCCGAGCGGUCUCCCACAGCUGAGGAUGACUCGCUUCCACUCCAGCGCUGAGGUGAUUGAUGAGGCCAAGGUCACAAAUCCCGUGGGUGGCCGGGCAGCAGUGAUCCCUGUCGUCCUUAAUCUUCUGAGACACAGACCACAACCUAGUGCAGGAGUCUGGAAGCAUGAAAGAGAUACCAGCGUUAAUCUUGGAUCUCAUAAAUAAAGGCACAAAGUACAAACGCAGGAAGUUAUGUCAAAUCUGUAUAAGACACAGGUCAGGUUAGGCCCCAACUGGACAACGGCGUCUAUUUCUGGUCACCAAAAUGAAGGAAUGAAGUGAAAGUCCCAGAAAGGGUGCAGAAGAUAUUUACUGGAAUGGUUUCUGGGACGAACAGGUUCGGGUCCAGGCUGAGACUGGAGCAGCGGGAGCUGGGUCUCCUUGGAGCAGAGAGGUUGAGCGGGGAGUUGACAGAGUGUCCAAGGUCGGGUCUGGUUUGGAGAGUGGCAAUAGAGGGAAGCUGUUUCCGUCCUUGGGAGGUUCAAUGUGACACAGGUUUGAAGAGAUAACAAGCGGAGAAGGAGGGAAAAUGCAUUUUCAACGCCGCGGGGGUGGGUGACGUGCAGCCAAUUAGGCUUCCGACAGGGAAUUGCACAAUUUCAAUGUUCCUGAUCAACAGACAAAGUGAAUUCGGGAUAUUAAUAACUGUACAGCCAGCAAAGGAACCAUCGUGAAAGUGACACAAACCGAUAGCAUCUUCACCUGUGAACAGACUGGAGUGAAUGUUGCAGCAACUUUCAACAUCCCUGAGACAAAUGAUGCGCUGUGUCUCCAAAUGUCGUUUGAGUUGAGGCCAGUUGCAAUAGGGGCGAGAGCUCAGAUGGAUAUUAAAAUCAAUUUCAGUUUUAUUUUUUAACACCGAUGAGGCGGGAGAGAGGUCUUCGUCCGUCCGUCCUGAUCCCGGGCUCCGAACGGAGAUACGGGUGACAGGUUCCACUGCCGAACAGGUGCAACAUCUCGACAGAAACACCUGAGGUCUCGUUGACGCCGGGCCCUGUCCCUUUUUGUCUUUUCACAGACUGUUCCAACCCCUUCUUUUGGUUUCAGCUCUGUCCAGGCUUAUUUAAUGUCUUACUGACCCCUCCUUCAUGUGAGUUGAGUUGGAAGUGGCCCGGAUACAUUCACACUGGACACUUGCAGCAACAUGACGUUCAUUCCCUGAGACUGCAGCGUGUGUGGUGGACAAUCGCGGUACUGCAGGGGUUCAGCAGCUCCCCGAGAGUGAAAGGACUGUGAAUCAGGAAGUGCAGGGAGUUAACAUGGCUUCGAAAGGCCAGGUCGAGAGUUUAACCGAGGAGGCAAUUUGUGCCAUCUGCCUGGAUUUCUUCACCGAUCCGGUGUCACUGGAGUGUGGACACACCUUCUGCCGCUCCUGUAUCACACGGUGUUGGGAAAGGGAGGAGAGAAACUCCUGCCCGGAAUGUAGAGAGGAGUUUGCGGACCGCACCCUCAGGGUAAAUCGGGCCUUAGCAAGACUGUCUGAGAAACUUCAAAAUUUAAACUUGAAUCCGAAAGAGAAGGAAAGUAAACUUCACUGCGAGGAACAUGAGGAAGAACUGAAGCUGUUUUGUGAAACGGACAAGAAACUGAUCUGUGUGAUCUGUGCGGCUGCGCGGGAACACAAGUCUCACAACUUCAUGCCGGUUAAAGAAGCUGUUGAAAUCUACAAGGAUCAGGUUAAAUCUUCCUUGGAAUCUCUCACAGAAAAGAAAUCAGUGGUCCAGGAAAUGGAGCAGCAACAGAAAGAGAAGAUCUCCGGAGUUCGGGAACAGUCACACAGCCUUCAGUCCCACAUCACAUCCCAAUUUGCUGAACUGCACCAGAUUCUUACUGAGAAAGAGCAGCGCUUACUCAGAGAUCUCAGGGAAGAAGAGGAGAGGAUUCUAAAUGCAAUGGAGAAAAAUCUUCGAGAGAUUCAAGAGCAUUUAACUUCUAUUCAGGAGGAUCUCUCAGAUUUACAGGAACGGAUGGAACAAGGGGACAGCAUGAUAUUCCUCAAGGAGGAAGUUCGUCGAAAGAGGAGGAUUAGUGAUGAUCACCAUACAUUGUCAGUGACUGAUGCUGUCCUGCCGGUUGAAAAAUUCGAUCACCCCAUUUUGUUCAACACAGCGUUGAGAAAAAUAUUUGACACAAUUCAGCAAGCAUCGAUAUCUACAGUCUCCGUGACCCUGGAUGUGGAAACGGCGGGUCCGCGGCUCGAGGUGUCUGAGGAUCGGAGGAGUGUGAGAUGGACCGGGACCCGGAGGAGUCUCCCCGACACCGGGAAGAGGUUCACAGUCCGGUCCUGUGUGCUGGGAUCGGAGGGAUUCACAUCGGGGAGACAUUACUGGGAGGUGAAGGUGGCGGGGAAUCGGGGCUGGAGUCUGGGAGUCGCCGCAGAGUCUGUGGAGAGGAAGGGAGGGGUCGGACUGAUCCCAGAGAACGGAUUCUGGAUCAUCGUGCGGGCUGGUGACGAGUUUUAUGUGAACACCUCCCCUCCAUCCCCUCUCCCUGCUGGUCCCAUCCCCGGGAGGGUGGGAGUUUAUCUCAGUUACGGGUCCGGGACAGUUUCAUUUUACAGCGCAGACACCAAGUCCCAUCUCCACACCUUCACUGGGAAUAAAUUCACGGAGAAACUUUAUCCUUUCUUCGGGACUGGGGAUGGAAACCAGUGGCUGAGAAUCUGCUCCGGUUCCGCUCCGGGUCUGUAACCGGGUCGGGUCCCGGGACCGGCGUCAGGAGGAAGUCAGUGUAAAUAUAAAUGUGAGGAGAGUGAAAUAAACACGAAUUGACAUUAGAACUGUCGACCCAUUAAUUU